CACAGUCACAGUGCUGUCCUGAACCCAGCAGUAGGCCCAUGGAGCCUGGGGCCACAGGCCACAGAGGACAAGGGCCAGACACCCCGGCCAUGGCUCUGGGCCAUUGAUCCAGCCCCAGCUGGCCGGGUGGAGGUGGGGAGACCUUGUCCUGGGCAAACAGAGGCUGUGAGGUCUGCGUGCAGGCCCGGCACCCACUUGCCACUCCCAAAGGUGGAUGGGAGCCGUGUGAGGCUUGUGAGCAGGUCGCAUGGUGAAAAGACCAGGAAUUCGAUACUGAAGAUGGCUGGAUGACUGGCUAUUGCAGGGGUCAAGCUCAUUUACAGGAAGCAGCCUGGAGGAGUGGAAGGCGCAGGGAGUCAGACAUCUGAACAAAACCCCCAUGUAUCUGCUGUGUGACCUUGAGAUGCCCAUGGCCAAGGCCCCCCAGGAGGCUGGCGGGCCGGGUGACGGAGGUGAUGGUGAGGAGGCAGAGCCGGAGGGGAUGUUCAAGACCCCUAAGGACCCCAAGAGAAAAGUCCGGGACUACCUUCGCCUGGCGCCCCUGUGGCUGGCCCUGGUCGUGCUGGCUUCAGGGGGGUUCCUGCUCUGGUAUUUCCUAGGGUACAAGGCAGAGGCGACGGUCAGCCAGGUGUACUCAGGAAGCCUCCGUGUGCUCAAUCGCCACUUCUCCCAGGACCUUGCCCACCGGGAGUCCAGUGCCUUCCGCAGUGAAACUGCCAAAGCCCAGAAGAUGCUCAGGGCACUCAUCGCCAGCACCAGCCUGGGCACUUACUACAACUCCAGCUCCGUCUACUCCUUUGGGGAGGGACCUCUCACCUGCUUCUUCUGGUUCAUCCUCCAAAUCCCCGAGCACCGCCAGCCAAUGCUGAGCCCCGAGGUGGUACGGGCACUGCUGGUGGAGGAGCUGCUGUCCACAGCCAACAGCUCGGCCCCUGCUCCCUAUAAGGCCGAGUAUUCGCUGGACCCUGAGGGCCUGGUGAUCCUGGAAGCCAGCGUGAAAGACAUAGUUGCACUGAAUUCCACGCUGGGCUGCUACCGCUAUAGCUACGUGGGCCAGGGCCAGGUCCUCCAGCUGAAGGGGCCCGACUACCUGGCCUCCAGCUGCCUGUGGCACCUGCAGGGCCCAAAGGAUCUCAUGCUCAAACUCCGGCUCGAGUGGAUGCUGGCCGACUGCCGGGACCGGCUGGCCGUGUAUGAUGUGGGCGGGCCCCUGGAGAGAAGGCUCAUCACCUCGGUCUAUGGCUGCAGCCGCCAGGAGCCCGUGGUGGAGGUCCUGGCAUCAGGCGCCGUCAUGGCGGUGGUCUGGAGGAAGGGCCUGUACAGCUACUAUGACCCCUUCGUGCUCUCCGUGCAGCCUGUGGCUUUACAGGCCUGCGAGGUGAACCUGACCCUGGAGAGCCAGCUGGAACCACAGGGCGUCCUUAGCACACCGUACUUCCCCAGCUACUACUCACCCAGCACCCACUGCUCCUGGCACUUCACGGUGCCCUCUCUAGACUAUGGUUUGGCCCUCUGGUUUGACGCCUAUGCGCUGCGGAGGCAGAAAUACGACCUGCCGUGCACCCAGGGCCAGUGGAUGAUCCAGAACCGGAGGCUGUGUGGCCUGCGCACCCUGCAGCCCUACGCCGAGAGGAUCCCCGUGGUGACCACCGCCGGCAUCACCAUCAACUUCACCUCGCAGAUCUCCCUCACGGGGCCCGGCGUGCAGGUGCUCUACAGCUUGUACAACCAGUCAGACCCCUGCCCUGGAGAGUUCCUCUGCUCUGUGAAUGGGCUCUGUGUGCCCACCUGCGACGGAGUCAAGGACUGCCCCAACGGCCUGGAUGAGAGAAACUGUGUUUGCAGAGCCACAUUCCAGUGCCAAGAGGACAGCACAUGCAUCUCACUGUCCAGGGUCUGUGAUGGGCAGCCUGACUGUCUCAACGGAAGUGACGAAGAGCAGUGCCAGGAAGGGGUGCCCUGUGGGACCUUCACCUUCCAGUGUGAGGACCGCAGCUGUGUGAAGAAGCCCAACCCGCAGUGUGACGGGCGGCCUGACUGCAGGGAUGGCUCGGAUGAGCAGCGCUGUGACUGUGGCCUCCAGGGCCCCUCCGGCCGCAUUGUGGGUGGGGCCAUGUCCUCGGAGGGCGAGUGGCCAUGGCAGGCCAGCCUCCAGGUGCGGGGCCGACACAUCUGUGGGGGGGCCCUCAUCGCUGACCGCUGGGUGAUAACAGCUGCCCACUGCUUCCAGGAGGACAGCAUGGCCUCCCCAGCACUGUGGACGGUGUUCCUGGGCAAGGUGUGGCAGAACUCGCGCUGGCCGGGCGAAGUAUCCUUCAAGGUGAGCCGCCUGUUCCUGCACCCGUACCACGAGGAGGACAGCCACGACUACGACGUGGCCCUGCUACAGCUGGACCACCCGGUGGUGCGCUCGCCUGCCGUGCGCCCUGUCUGCCUGCCGGCGCCCUCCCAUUUCUUCGAGCCGGGCCUGCACUGCUGGAUCACUGGCUGGGGCGCCCUGCGUGAGGGUGGUCCCACCAGCAAUGGUCUGCAGAAGGUAGACGUGCAGCUGAUCCCGCAGGACCUGUGCAGUGAGGCUUAUCACUAUCAGGUGACACCCCGUAUGCUGUGUGCCGGCUACCACAAGGGCAAGAAGGAUGCCUGCCAGGGUGACUCGGGCGGUCCACUGGUGUGCAGGGAGCCCAGCGGCCGCUGGUUCCUGGCGGGGCUGGUCAGCUGGGGCCUGGGCUGCGGCCGGCCCAACUACUUUGGCGUCUACACCCGCAUCACUGGUGUGAUUGGCUGGAUCCAGCAGGUGCUGACCUGAGGAGUUGCCCACCAGCAGAGCUGGGCCCACCUCCCAGACUGAGUGCUCAGGGCAGCCUCCAGGCGGGGGAACAAGUAUUCUGGGGCGGGAGGGCCUUUUGGCGGCAGGAGGUGGCAUCCCCUCGCCCGGCCUGCUCCCUGGCAUCGCCCCGGAGAGGGCACGAGGAGGGAGGACGGCCCUCAGCUGGUGGUCAACUUCCCCGGAGGACGUGGGAUGGUCACCAGGCCCAGCUGGUAGACUCAUAUCCAGACUGUCACCUCCUGGUUCCCUCUCCUCUUUCCCCUUCCUCCUCUGCUGACUUUGGGGGGAAAUGGUUCAGCAGCAAAAAUGCACUUCCAGGUCCCAGCAGGAGUGUCUGAGCCCCUCACCCUCAUCCCCGUGCAGAGCCUGUAUGGGCAGCACCCUCUCCAGAGAGAAGAUUCCAGCCUGCGAAGCCCCCAGCCUCACUUGAAAGGGGUGGGGGGUGGGGUGCUCAGAGCCCUGGAGAUAGCCAAGUGGGCCAGCUGCCACCGUGAGCCAAAGGGUGGGGUGCUCGGGGAUGCAGGGUCCUCACCCCCUGGGCCUCCACUGCCCACUCUCACCUGGAGGUGAGCUCAGCUACCCUGUGGAAUAAAGCCGUCUGAUCCGAAACCCUGUUCUGGGGAUUGAAUGGGGCCCCGGGCACCAAACCUGGCUCCAGGAGCAGCCCCAGGAAGGCAACGGUUUGGUCACCCUCAGGUCAGAGUGGGGAACGGGGCAAGUGACGGGCUCCUUCUGGAACCCUGGGAGGAAACGGGCUCAGAAAGGCUGAGUCAGCCUCACGAUCACACCAGGGGCGAGGAAGGGGCCUGGAGCAGGCCUGUCUCCUGGUUCCCAGUCUACCUCCACCCCCACCAGCAUGACACUCCCUUUGAGUUCUUUCUUCAGCAGGCAUGUCACAGGUUCCUACUAUGUGCCAAGUACUGUGCCAGGGGCACAGACAUGCACAGAACUUGGCUCCUGAUCUCAGGAAAGGUGGGGAUGACUGACGAUCAGUGUGAAAGGGCUUUGGGGAAGUCAGGGAAGGCUGCCUGGAGGAGAUGAGACUUGAGUUGGGCCUCCAAGGUAGCCAAGGUCAUUCUAGGCAGGGGCACAGCAUGUGCAAAGGUAUAGCGUUCCAAAAGAACAUGGAGUAUUAGGGAACCGUAAGCUGUUUUUAGUUAAAGAGAGGUUGAGUGGGGGAGGACUAAAGAGGAAUUGGAGAAGGAGGGCAAACAGAUCAGAUGACAAAGAGCUUGGAGUUGAGCUAAGGACUUGACCUCGGUGCCCUGGGGAGCCACGGCAGGCUCUACAGCAGGGGAGUGACACACGAGCAGAUUCACAUUUUCAAACCACCACCGGCACCAGUGCGGAGGGAGGGAGAGGCAGGGAGGCUGGCGAGGUCACCGGGCAGGGGAGGAUGGGGCCUGGACUGCGAAGUGCAGUGGGGAUGGACACCAAGUGCCUCAGUGGAUGGGGUGGGCUGAGGGAGGAGUCACCCAGGACCACUCCCAGGGACCUGGCCGGUGGAGGACCCACUGCCUGACCCGGGGCACCUGGGGAGGGGAAGGCUGUGGGAAGGUGUCAUGAACUUGGGGUGCCUCUAGGAGGGAGGUGUCCAGGAAGCAGGCGGAGCUUGAGAGAGGCUUGGAGGGGUUUCAGAGCCACCAUCGAUGGAAGGUGACUGAGGAGGUAGGGAGACAGAGACACCGCAGACAGGCCAAGUGGGAGGCUGGAGGGGAACUGCGAGGGGUGGAGUCUUAGCACCCAAAGCCAUGGCCUGCGUGGGGAGAGCCAUGGGGCCAGGCCCUGAGUCACUGGUGCCUUCUGGGUGCAGCGGAAGAGGUGACGAAGAGGGGAGUCAAGUGCAGACAAGCCUUUCUUGAAGCCUAGCUGGGAGGGAAGGACAGGGAAGCCUCGGGGACUUAGACUUGAGGGGGUUUUAAAGACAGGGAGCUGCUACAUGUCCACGAGUGGAUGCGGCAGCUUCUGCAGGAGGGGGCGGAGCCAGGGGGCACAGUCACCUUCCAGGUCCUAUCUGUGGGAGGGAGCAGGUGGCAGGUAGAGCGGACACUAUGGGUGGACUCCUUUGGGGUGGGGGUGGGAUUUCAAGCAUUCCUACCCCAACAGGCUCUUAGGGUUCUCAGAGGGGCAGGCAGUACAGUGCGUUGGGUGCUUUGCUAAAACACACAUCUUGGGCCUCCCUCCAGUCUUAGUCAGAAUUGGGGGUGGUGGUGGGUAAUUUUUAACAAAUCUCCUGGGGACUCUUUUGCAAGCAAAGUUGGACACUAAAAGUGAGGUCAGCUUCAGCAAGCAGAGAGACCCUAGGGGAAGUGGUGAGGCCCCCAGACUGCUGAGUGGUGGAGCCUCACCUGGCCCUGGGGAGGGCCUCUGCCUAUGGGAUCACUCACUGCUUUGCAGGGAUGUCCCCCAGCAGCACUAAGCUAAGCAAGGCGGACAGUUAGCAGGACUAGGGAGGGGAAGGAACUGGCCAGGAGGGAGAAAAGGUGGAGUGGGUACCUUGGGUGUUCAUAUUGCCUGGGACUUGGGGCAGCGGGCGGAACAAUAGGGAGGGGUGGAGGUGACCAAGAGGGGUCAUCGCAGAAAGCAGAGGCGUCCUGGGGGCUUAGGAUGGAGCAGAGUGGCCUCGGGCAGCACAGAGUGAACCCAGCAAGCGGAGUACCGUCUGAACAGUGGGCUGAGGCUGGGAAGCGGGAGGGCAGAGAACCAGGCCUGGGAGGACCUGGUCUCCUGAAGCCCAACUCCCUACCCCCUCAGUGCCCCCAGCUGGCAGAGGGCUGCCUGGAGGCAGGAAGAGGCCUGCAUGACUCUAAGGGCUGGGCCUUGGAAGUCAUCUGGCCCAACCCUUCACUUGAUAGAGGAAACUGGGGCCCAGAGAGGGGUAGGCACCUGCCAAACUUCCCCCAGCAAGGCAAACUUGGUGUCUUCAGUGUCUGGCCACUGGGCGGAGGUCCAGCCACGACCCCCCUCUCCCUACACACACAGGAGUGACCACAGGACGGGGUCCCUGGGCUUUAGGAAAA